AUGUCUGCAUAUGCAACCGUUUUGACAUUGGGACCGACGCUCUCGGCUGUUCAGGGGGGGGAGGAGGAGGAGGAAGGCGACGACCCCGAGAUAACCCUCGACUCCAUCAAUAACAGCAAGACAAUCAACUUCUCUACCCACGCCAACUACACAAGAUGGGCGCCGCGAGAAGCUUUCCGCGAGCUGGUGCAGAACUGGAAUGGCUCGGCUACAUCCUGCUACAAAGGCCGCAACGGCGAGGGCACCAUCGACAUCACGAACCGCUCUGCAACGCUGCAACCUUGGCAUCUUGACCUCGGUGGAACGAGUAAGGCCGACGACGACCAACAGGCCGGGCCCCAUGGCGAGGGUCUUAAGCUCGCUCUCCUAGUCCUCAUGCGCGGCAUGCAGAAUCACGGCUUCAGAUGCCGCUCCGGCGGCUUCAAUUGGAAGUUCAACUUCACCACCCGCGGUCGGCUGGUUGCUCGCCUGCACCACCAGUCCCGGCGGCUGAGCCAAAGGACGUUGCUCCCGUUUGGGAGCAAUCCACAGCUCGACGUGUACCCAGUGAAGCAGAAAGACUUCGAAGCCUGGACGAAGGCCGCUUUGUUCCUCCAAGACGCGCGGGAUGGAGCCAUCGGACUUUGUCUACGCGAGUCUGUUCCCACGCGGUCGGCCAGCAUCACGAACCGACCACUUAGGUUCGGCUAUAACUUCGCUUUUGGGCACACCAAUCGCGAGAGGCAAUCGGUUGCCAGUGCGAACGAAGAGGCCAGGGCCAUUCUCGGUAUCUGGAGUAAGGCGCUGGAGGCCAAGCCCGACUUGGUUUCGGAGCUGAGCGCCGUGCUAAACACCACAGAGCCCGAGUACGCGGAUAUCGCUGAGGCAAAGAGGUUCAUGAAAUUUGAGACGGCACGCAAGUGGUACUAUUGCAGCGAGGAUAAGAACAAGAAUCGGAGGCUUGACCACAUCAUCCAAGGUCUCGGAUGCGAAGGUGUCCAGUUGGCGGACUCGUACUGCGCCAUCCUGCGCCGGCACAACCUGAUUCGCACCGCUGAGGAAGAGGAACACCGGCGCUUUACAACCGCACCGCCCGUUGCAGCCGCAGAACUCGAGACCGCCUUUGCCAAGUCGGUGCGCCGCCUUCUCCGCGCUUGCGUGCAUGCCUGUUCCAAGACAAACGGAAUAGCUAUCCAGUUUGUCCAGGCCGGUCAGCUCCACCUCCAACUGUUCUAUUCCGAAGCGGAGCGGUUGUUUCGGGUCCACGAGCGGUGGCUCUCCAUAGGCGGUGCCAUUGAGGAGUUGGGUCUCCCUGACAACUUGCUAGAUGUCGACGCGGUCUUCCACACCGUGAAACGGCUCUUUGCCGACGCGCUGGAGCAGCUCCCGUGCGAAGUGUUUGUGGAAGACGGUUCUAGGACGGCGGAGUGGCGAAGAAAACUGGAAGUCAGCUGCGCGGAGCAGAGACUGCUUAACUAUCUACGGGUGGAGAACCUAGACGUCAAGGAAAUUUGGUCGAAUGGCCAGUUGCUCCUGAGCUGGAAGGUUGACCCCCGGCUAGACUUCGGCACUAGCGUUGAGAUCCAGUGUCACAGCGCGUCGCGAUGCCUCCACCUGCGGGACAGGCUGUUGACCGCAGAGGACGGUGCGUUUUGUUUUACAGAGCCUGCCAAACUAUCUCCCGCGUUCCUGAUUACAUUGAUGUGUAUGACUUCCCGGGAUGGGAACGACCUCGAGCAACGAACACUAGAAGACGAUCUGGAAGCAGGCGAGGAGUACUUCUUCGUGUUGCUAAUGCCGGCAGAUCCGGAUUCCUUUGUCGCCCUGUCCAGCGUCACGGACAUGGCCCAUCGAGCAUCAACGCCUUCUCGAGAGAGGUCAAGACCUCCGUCCCAGGUUUUUCGUCAUGGCCCCAGGACGUCAGCACCUGGUGGCUGGCCGUCGGAACUCCUGAGCCCGCGGAGGAGCGGUUCACCCGAUGGUUCCAGUGCCGACACGUCCGAUCUAAUCAGCAACGGUACGGUCAGUAUUGGCGGAGUGUCGCCGCACCCCACUGUCGCCGUCACUGCGCCGGCCCUAGCGACAGCCACUGUACCGGCAGGCUCAUUUACGCUUGGGCCUCGUCUCUGCACUCUAGACGUUUUCAAAAUCGAUAAAGAACGAUGGUACGAGGCCAGGAACGCAGAGAAUGUGCAAGCAGUUAUUGGUAUCUUGGCCGGGGAGAAGUCCCUGCCAGAGGAGACGAAGAAGCGGCCGAGGAUCGAGUGA